UUUCUGGUCCAAAAUUCCGAAACGGUAGUUCAGAGAAUAAAGGAAAUGGAAAACAACAGUAUCAUCUCCGGCGACAAGCCCACAGUGAUGGUGACGAACGACGACGGAAUCGAAGGUCCUGGACUUCUGGCUCUGGUUCAAGUCCUCGUCUCCACCCGUCGCUACAAUGUUCUUGUCUGCGCCCCUGAAUCGGAACAGUCAGCUGUGAGUCACUGCAUCACAUGGCGUCAUCCAAUUGCUGCCAAGCAAGUGCAUAUUGAUGGAGCAACAGCCUAUGCUGUUUCUGGAAGUCCGGCUGAUUGUGCUUCUCUGGGUAUCUCCAAAACGCUUUUUCCUUCAAUUCCUGACCUGGUAAUCAGUGGCAUAAACAUGGGCAGCAACUGUGGUUAUCACAUUGUUUACUCUGGAACAGUGGCUGGUGCUCGUGAGGCCUUUCUUAAUGGUGUACCUGCAAUCUCUGUAUCCUAUGAUUGGGUUGGAGCUAAGAGCAGUAUUAAUGACUUCACACUUGCUGCCGAGGCUUGCUUACCUAUCAUAAACGGAGUACUGGCGGAAUUAAGAAACAAAACUUAUCCCCAAAACUGUUUCUUGAAUAUAGAUCUGCCAGCAAAUAUUGCUAAUCAUAAGGGGUAUAAGCUCACUAAGCAAGGUAAAAGUUUAAUCAAAAUGGGGUGGAGGCAAGUUACUUCUGAGUCUGACAAGGCGGCAGGAAAAAUGUUGUCAACAAUGGUAAUGGAUACGGAUUCAACAGCAUCUACAGAAAUUAAUACAUCAGCUACAUCAGCAGAACAUCUUUUGUUCACGAGAGAAAUAAGGAGUGGCCAAGUCGACGAGGAUGAUAGUGACCACCGAUCUCUUCAAGAAGGAUAUAUUACUGUCACUCCUCUUGGUGCCUUGUCUAAUGUUGAGAUAGAUUGCCAUGCCUACUUAAAAGAGUGGCUGCCAAAUGUAGCUGAACGCUUGUCUGCAUCGGCCUUAUAAAGCUAUUAAAGCAUCUGGAUUUCUGAAGGGAUUUUUCAAUCUCAAACGCGUUGCCCUGCAUUCAGAUUGACAGGGUUUUCAAUUGUACUCAAACAUUAUUUUCGAAAACUUCAUUAAGGGUUUUAUAACCCUUAUUCUAUAUGGUGGAUCCCCUAUUCUAAUUUUCGAAAUAUGAUGAUGUAAUUUUCGAAAUGAUGGGUCCCUUAUUCUAUAUGGUGGUAUUGUUAAUCUAUUAAUUAAUUUAGUAGCAGUCCUCAUGGGUGUCA